UCUCCGAUCUUUCGUUUUACUUCGAAGGAACAAUGGCAGAAGUUCAGAUGGGAGACACGGAAACCUCUGCUUUCCAGGCUGAGAUUAACCAGCUUCUCAGUUUGAUUAUCAACACAUUCUACAGCAACAAGGAGAUCUUCCUUCGUGAGCUUAUUAGUAAUUCCUCUUAUGCGCAGGAUAAGAUCAGAUUUGAGAGUUUGACGGACAAGAGUAAGCUCGAUGGACAGUCGGAUCUUUUCAUCAGGCUUGUUACUGAUAAAGCCAACAAGACCUUGUCGAUCAUUGACAGUGGCAUUGGGAUGACCAAAGCUGAUUUGGUAAACAAUUUGGGGACAAUCGCUAGGUCUGGCACCAAAGAGUUCAUGGAGGCCCUGCAGGCUGGGGAGGAUGUGAGCAGGAUCGGUCAAAUUGGUGUGGGUUUCUACUCGGCUUACCUCGUUGCUAAAAAAGUCCUUGUGACGACCAAGCACAAUGACGACGAGCAGUAUAUUAGGGAGUCCCAAGCCGGUGGUUCAUUCACCGUUACCAGGGAUACUGGAGAGCAGCUAGGCAGGGGAACUAAAAUUACUCUCUAACUUAAGGAGGACCAGAUGGAAUACUUGGAAGAGACAAGGAUAAAGGAUCUUGUGAAGAAGCAUUCUGAAUCCAUCAGCUAUCCUAUCUAUCUCUGGACAGAGAAGACCACCGAGCAAGAAAAU